GAUCCUCAAGGGGUUCUAAACUCGUGGAAUGAUUCUUGCCACUUCUGCGAGUGGGAGGGGAUUACCUGUGGUCGCAGGCAUCAAAGAGUCACUGUCCUAAGCCUACCUUCUAAAGGCUUGUUUGGAUCCCUAUCACCACACAUUGGCAACCUCAGCUUCCUACGGAAGUUCGAUCUCGUAAACAAUAGUAUCCAAGGUGAAAUCCCUCCAGAAGUUGGUCGUCUGUUCAGAUUAGAAGAUUUACAAAUUCAAAAUAACUUCAUGGUGGGAGAAAUUCCAGCCAACUUAUCCCGUUGUUCCAGGCUCACAUUCUUAUUUUUAGCAAAAAACAACCUAGUUGGGAAAAUUCCACCAGAGUUUGUCUCCUUGUUCAACCUCAAAAUCAUAGCUCUGCAGUUUAACAGUUUGACAGGAGGCAUCCCAUCAUUUCUUGGGAAUCUUACGUCCCUGGAAAUUAUAUCUAUUGGUUCAAAUCCUUUUGGAGGAAAUAUUCCAGAUUCAUUGGGUCAGCUGAAAAAUUUAACAUCUCUUGGAAUUGGUAGAAACAACCUAUCUGGUGUUGUCCCUCCCUCUAUAUACAACCUCUCCUUCCUUGUUAAUUUUUCUUUGUCUAGCAAUCAACUUGAGGGAAGUCUUCCAGCAAAUUUAGGCCUUACUCUUCCUCGUCUCCAGCUUUUUCAAAUCUCAAAUAACUCAUUUGGUGGAUCUAUUCCAGUAUCUUUAUCAAAUGCUUCAGAACUCAAAUAUAUUCAGAUGGGACAUAAUAAAUUUUCUGGAAAAUUGUGUGUUGAUUUUGGAGGAAUGCAACACCUUCAAUUCCUGCAUUUGGCCAGCAAUAAUAUGCAAAGUGGCGACGGUGAUCAGAUGAAUUUUAUGAAUUCGUUAGCCAACUGCAGCAAUUUGAGGGCACUCUCCAUAGCUGAUAACCAAUUCAGAGGACCCUUGCCCCAUUCAAUAGCUAACCUUUCUAGAAUUAAACUGCAACAUUUAGAUGUUGGAGGGAAUGAUUUCUAUGGACCAAUCCCAUCAGGGAUAGGCUGCCUUCUUAACUUGACUUCGUUGAGAAUGUAUGAAGACAAAUUUUCGGGCACAAUUCCUGAAGAAUUAGGUAAGCUCCAGAACCUUGAAUAUUUAGAUCUGUCAACCAAUAAACUCUCCGGGGAAAUUCCUCCUUCUUUGGGGAACCUGUCGAAAAUCAUUAUCUUGUGGUUGACAAAUAACAAAUUAUCAGAAGUCAUCCCUAGUAGUCUAGGAAAUUUGAAACAGUUGAAAAUUUUGGAUCUGUCCCAAAAUGAACUUAGUGGAACCAUACCCAAACAAGUUUUUGAAAUAACGUAUCUGUCAAUUUUACUAAAACUAUCCCAAAACCAAUUGAUUGGAUCCAUACCUUCAAACAUAGGUAACCUAAAACUUUUGACCUUUUUUGAUGUGUCUGAUAAUAAUUUGUCAGGUGAAAUUCCGAGUCAAUUUAGUCUUUGUUCUAGUCUAGAAUAUCUUGUAAUUGAUGGCAAUGCUUUCCAAGGAUUUAUACCUGCAUCAUUGAGUUCUCUGAGAGGUAUUCGAAUCAUUGAUCUUUCUCGCAACAAUUUGUCUGGCCAAAUUCCAAAAUUCUUAGAGACUCUCCCUCUGGAGAAUCUAAACCUAUCCUUCAAUAACUUUGAGGGUGAAGUGCCAUCAAAAGGUGUUUUUGCAAAUGCAAGAGCAAUAUCACUUGUCGGAAAUAGUGGUAGACUUUGUGGAGGAAUAGUUGAACUACAUUUGCUCAAAUGCGCUAGCAAGAACGCAAAGAAAGAGAGGAUCUCUCCGCGAACCAAAAUAUUGAUAUCAAUUGCAAGUGUCCUUUCAGGACUAACCAUGAUGUCAUUAUUCAUUUUUUGUUGGCUCAGAAAGAGAAGAAAGAGAAGCAAGAAACAACCUUCUGAAUCUGGAUCCAGGUUGAUAAAAGAACUUUUGAAUGUAUCAUAUGAAAGGCUACUCAAAGUGACCGAUGGGUUUUCUUCAAUAAACUUAAUUGGUGCGGGAAGUUUCGGCUCUGUGUUUAAGGGUAUCCUUGAUGAAGAUGGAACUAUUGCUGCAAUCAAAGUACUAAAUCUUCAACGUCGAGGAGCUUCCAAGAGUUUCAUGGCAGAGUGUAAAGCGUUGAGAAAUAUCCGUCACAGGAAUCUUGUAAAAGUCAUAACUUCUUGCUCAAGUAUUGAUUUUCAGGGCAAUGACUUUAAAGCUAUUGUUUAUGAGUACAUGCCAAAUGGGAGUCUUGACAAGUGGCUGCACCCAUCUCUAGAAAUAGAAGAAGAGCAACCUGAAAUUCAGAAUCUUACCCUUCUUCAGAGAAUAAACAUUGCAAUUGAUGUGGCAUCUGCAAUAGAUUAUCUCCAUUAUCGUUGCCAUGAGCCAAUCCUCCAUUGCGAUUUAAAGCCCAGCAAUGUUCUUCUAGAUGAUGACAUGAUAGCUCAUGUUGGAGAUUUCGGUAUGGCAAGGUUUCUCCCAGAAGUCUCAAAUCCAAAUCAAAGCAGCUCUGUUGGCGUAAGAGGAACAAUAGGCUAUGCAGCCCCAGAGUAUGGUCUUGGAAGUUAGUUGUCGACAUAUGGGGAUGUCUACAGUUAUGGGAUCUUGUUGUUAGAGAUGGUAACAAGGAAAAGGCCCACAGACCUUAUGUUUGAGGGAGGCCUCAAUCUUCACAAUUUUGCUAGAAUGGCCUUGCCUGACCAGGUGAUGGACAUAGUCGAUCCAGUACUUCUAAAUGAGGUUGAAGAGGUUGCUGCUACUAAUCGUAUACUGUUACAAGAAAGAGACAUUAAAAGAAAGGAAUGCCUCAUUUCAAUGGUAAGGGUCGGAGUGGCAUGUUCAAUGGAGAUACCACAAGAUCGAAUGAACAUAACCAAUGUUGUUCAUGAAUUACAAGAGGUCAAGAACAUCCUUCUCCAACCUAGAACUGUUCUCAUCAGGCAGGGAGGCUAAGAUAUUAAUAUCUUCAUCAAGCAGUUUGAGCAAGGUGAAAAGAGAAUGGAGUUUUUGGGAUGAUCUGCUAGGCCACCAACAUUUUAUCAACCUAUUUGUAUUUUAUUUUCAUUUUAAAGUUAAAUCCGUUUGAUGGAUACUUUUAUUGAGUUUGAAUGUUUGAUUUAAGAAGUUAAAUAUAAGCGGUGUUGAUCAUGAAUUACAGUUCCUAAGAUUUA